CACUGGCUAUCCAUAGUAGCCGCAUUCGCUUAGAACCGUCGAAAUCUCAGACGCGUUUCCGACAUGAAUCUACGAGCAAGUGUGUUAACGACCGUGUUGGUCGUAAUUGCUACUGCUGCCGUCCACGCAUCACCUGUAGGCGACUGUCCGCCAGUAGAUCCAGUGGAUCACACAGACCAUCUACCAGACAGCCACAACUGUUCACUUUUCUACAAAUGUGAUCACGCAGCACCUGUACUGUUUGUAUGUCCUGACGGGUUGCACUUCAACCCUACACUGGAAGUCUGUGACUGGCCAGAUAAUGCAGGUUGCAAAGGUGGAUCAGCAUCUACCUCAGCUCCCAGCUCCACAGCUGCUCCUACAAGUGCUGCCACUACAGCUGCUCCAACAUCAGCUCCAAGCUCGACAGCUAAACCUGCUCCAUCAGGAGACUGCCCAGCUGUCGGCACAUGUCCACAAAAUGAAGAUGAGAAUUCUAUUGCUAAGCACCUUCCCCAUGCCUCAAACUGCAGUCAGUUCUGCAAAUGUGACCAUGGUAAACCCGUGACAUUCGACUGCCCUGCUGGACUUCACUUCAACCCUAUUCUGGAGGUAUGUGACUGGCCAGAAAAUGCAGGUUGUGCAGGUGGAUCAGCAUCAACGUCAGCUCCUAGCUCCACAGCUGCUCCUACAAGUGCUGCCACUACAGCUGCUCCAACAUCAGCACCAAGCACCACAGCUAAACCUGCUCCAUCAGGAGACUGCCCAGCUGUCGGCACAUGUCCACAAAAUGAAGAUGAGAAUUCUAUUGCUAAGCACCUUCCCCAUGCCUCAAACUGCAGUCAGUUCUGCAAAUGUGACCAUGGUAAACCCGUGACAUUCGACUGCCCUGCUGGACUUCACUUCAACCCUAUUCUGGAGGUAUGUGACUGGCCAGAAAAUGCAGGUUGUGCAGGUGGAUCAGCAUCAACGUCAGCUCCUAGCUCCACAGCUGCUCCUACAAGUGCUGCCACUACAGCUGCUCCAACAUCAGCACCAAGCACCACAGCUAAACCUGCUCCAUCAGGAGACUGCCCAGCUGUCGGCACAUGUCCACAAAAUGAAGAUGAGAAUUCUAUUGCUAAGCACCUUCCCCAUGCCUCAAACUGCAGUCAAUUCUGCAAAUGUGACCAUGGUAAACCCGUGGCAUUUGACUGCCCUGCUGGACUUCACUUCAACCCUACUCUGGAGGUAUGUGACUGGCCAGAAAAUGCAGGCUGCGCAGGUGGUUCAGCAUCAACUUCAGCUCCUAGCUCCACAGCUGCUCCUACAAGUGCUGCCACUACAGCUGCUCCAACAUCAGCCCCAAGCUCCACAGUUGCUCCUACAAGUGCUUCCACUACAGUUGCUCCAACAUCAGCACCAAGCUCCACAGCUAAACCUGCUCCAUCAGGAGACUGCCCAGCUGUCGGCACAUGUCCACAAAAUGAAGAUGAGAAUUCUAUUGCUAAGCACCUUCCCCAUGCCUCAAACUGCAGUCAGUUCUGCAAAUGUGACCAUGGUAAACCCGUGACAUUCGACUGCCCUGCUGGACUUCACUUCAACCCUACUCUGGAGGUAUGUGACUGGCCAGAAAAUGCAGGCUGCGCAGGUGGUUCAGCAUCAACUUCAGCUCCUAGCUCCACAGCUGCUCCUACAAGUGCUGCCACUACAGCUGCUCCAACAUCAGCACCAAGCUCCACAGUUGCUCCUACAAGUGCUUCCACUACAGUUGCUCCAACAUCAGCACCAAGCUCCACAGCUAAACCUGCUCCAUCAGGAGACUGCCCAGCUGUCGGCACAUGUCCACAAAAUGAAGAUGAGGAUUCUAUUGCUAAGCACCUUCCCCAUGCCUCAAACUGCAGUCAGUUCUGCAAAUGUGACCAUGGUAAACCCGUGACAUUCGACUGCCCUGCUGGACUUCACUUCAACCCUACUCUGGAGGUAUGUGACUGGCCAGAAAAUGCAGGUUGUGCAGGUGGAUCAGCAUCAACUUCGGCUCCCAGCUCCACUGCAGCACCUACAAGUGCUGCCACUACAGCUGCUCCAACAUCAGCACCAAGCUCCACAGCUAAACCUGCUCCAUCAGGAGACUGCCCAGCUGUCGGCACAUGUCCACAAAAUGAAGAUGAGAAUUCUAUUGCUAAGCACCUUCCCCAUGCCUCAAACUGCAGUCAGUUCUGCAAAUGUGACCAUGGUAAACCCGUGACAUUCGACUGCCCUGCUGGACUUCACUUCAACCCUACUCUGGAGGUGUGUGACUGGCCAGAAAAUGCAGGUUGUGCAGGUGGAUCAGCAUCAACCUCAGCUCCCAGCUCCACAGCUGCUGCUACAAGUGCUGCCACUACAGCUGCUCCCACAGGUGCUGCCACUACAGCUGCUCCAACAGCUGCACCAAGUUCAACUGCCGAACCAACAGUAGCUCCCUCAGGUGACUGCCCAGCAGUUGGCUCCUGCCCACAAAAUGAAGAUGAGAACUCUAUUGCUAAGCAUCUUCCCCAUGCAUCCGACUGCACCAAGUUCUGCAAAUGUGACCAUGGGAAACCUGUCACAUUCGACUGUCCUGCUGGACUUCACUUCAACCCUACUCUGGAAGUGUGUGACUGGCCAUACCGCGCUGGGUGUGCAAGUAAAUCAGGAGCAACAGCAGCUUCUAGCUCAUCUACAGCUUGAUCAACAAGGACUGCCACUACAGGUGGUACAACUUGAGCUGCACCAACAACUGCUGCACCUAGGAGCUCCAUUAUAUCAGACUCUUGCAAUUCAGUUGGAUCACGUCUUGUGAAUGAUCAUGUCUCUAUUGUUAAGUGUCUUUCAUACAGAACCAUCUGCGGUGAAUAUUGUAGACGAUUGACUAAUAACUAAGAAUGUCAUGGUGGACUUCAUUUCAUUUUAAAAUUGCACGUGUGUGACUAUCCGUCUUGUGCUGCUUGUGAAUCAGUGAAAAGUGUAUAUAUAUAUAUAUAUAUAUAUAUAUAUAUAUAUAUAUAUAUAUAUAUAUAUAAACUGUGUAUUACUUAGGAAUUUUUCAUGCUCUUAGAAUUAUGUAAUGUACACAUUUGGUUCAUUACUCAUAAUAAAGUCAUACGUUUAAUGCUGUUAAACCUAUAUAGGGUCCCUUUUCAUUGUCAUAGACGGAACAGGUCAGAUAUAUUGAAAUAUGUCUGCAGGUCAUGUGAAGUAUGCUAUUCAUUUUUGCCUGUAUACUAAUAUUGCAAUCAGCGUUCAUGACUGAAAUUAUCCUCUAAACCAACAUCUAUCUUUAUAAGUCUCUAAAGUCUACACCUCUCUUAUCACAGUAAUACUUGCAUUAUAACAUGUAAGUUUCCCCUACUUUCACUCUCGCAACUCUGCACAAUGUUUGGACGUAUAAACAUCAUACAAGACUGGUCUUCUCAGAGCAAGUAAUAUGUCGCAAGUGUAGGUUUAUUUUAGCAUUCCCAAAGCGAACGAUUUAUGAGUAGUCUUCCGUUUAAAGGUUCUGUAUGUCAUUCAGAUUCUGUCAUUCAAAUGCCAUUAUGUCAUUCAGAGGCCGGUCAAAUAUCUUCUCGCAGUAUCGUGUGUACAACUGGUUUUUACUUACUUUAUCUUCCCUUUCUUAAAUAUUCAUAUCCCUUGAACAACCUUCUGUAUAUUUCUUCCGCCGUUCAGCUUUCCCUUCUUUGCUUAGUACUGAUUUGCAAUGUGAACUGAUGAUAUUCAUGCAGCUGUUUCUCUCCAGUUUUUCUGUAAGUGGUACUAGUCUUUGCCCAAGAUUUGGGUACCCCUAGCCACUUCUGUUUAGCCAUUUCACACCUCCUGUCAGUCUCACUAUUACAUGUUUGUAUUCCCUUCCACCUGCUUCACUUGGUGCAUUUUUAUAUUUUCUCCUUUCAUCAGUUAAAUUCAAUACCUCCUCUCCCAUCCAUGGAUUUCUACUAUACCUUAUGCUUUUACUUAUUUAAUCCUCAGUAAUGCCUGAUAUUUUCAGGGAAGCAGAAGGUGAUCUCACGUAAAUUGUUAAAAUGUAAUUUUUCUUGAAAAGUAUUUUUAUUACCCAGAUGGCGUACACAUAGAAAGACUAAAAUUUAUCUAGUAGACUAGUUUCACUUGUGAGUGCAAUUAUCCUCAUAUCUACAGACUCCACAAAAGACAGAUAUCCACCUUAAAUAAAAAAAAUUUCACCCAGCUAUCUUCAAGCUUAAUAUGUUUGAACGAAUCAAGAAUGCCAAGAUAAAAACUAUUACAGAUGGUAAAAAGGUCAGCAACUAAAGCAUGGAAAGAACAUAAAAUAUAAAUAUUUUUAUAUUAAAUUUUUUUAGUUAACUAUGCUCGUAUGAGACGCACGUUGAACAAAAAGUGGAUAUACCGGUAAAAACCUUAUCAUGCAAUAACUUUCACAUGUAUAACAGGCAAAUUCACUGAAAAAGAAGUUGUUGUUACAGCACAAUAAAAAUGAGACUCGAUCUAUAUCUGCAGGAACACACACGAUAAAUACACAGAGGUAACAAAAUUCGUGGGAUACCUCCUAAUAUCGUGUUGGACAUCAUUUAGACCGGUGAACUGCAGUAUCUCGAUGUGGCAUGGACUCAAGAAGUCGUUUAAAAUCCCCUACAGAAAUGUUGAGGCAUGCUGCCUAUGUAGCCGUCCAUAACUGCGUAAGAGUUACUGGUGCUGGAUUUUGGGUAUGGACGCUCCUUAGAUUAUGUCCCAUAAAUCUUCGAUGGGAAAAGAAACAACAAACAUUAUUCAACAUAAUAUAUGGAGUACAAAGGCAAUCACAAUAAAAUAACACGAAAGGAAUAAAUACACAAAAAUGGAGGAAUAGGAAGGAACAGACAGAGUGGGAAACCCAAAGGAUAAUGUAAGGUUUAGAAGUGGGGAAGUAUUCAGAUGUGUUUGGUCAUUUAAGGUCUAAUCAGCACUAUGGGCUAGAUAUUUACUGUCUUCCCAGAGUUCCAACAGGAUGAGUUUUUGGUCUUUAUUUGCUAAGUGAAGUACAUGGGACGGUGGAUAGUACUUGUGGACCUCACUCAGUACAUGCUAAAAAAUGUGGAAUCACAACACAGUUAUCUUUGGUAUUGAAUAUACACUGGGUUGUCGUGUCUUCAUAUAUUAGGACAUCCUGUAAUUGCUGGAUGUCAGUGUUUUUGUUACACUCUGUGAUACCUGUCCUAAGUGUAGUGUCGUACACCAUUUCCUGCAGACAGUGGAAGGAUCAGCAAGUGAGAAUAGAGGAGGGGUAUAAUUUUCAAUUUUGGUUUCCUAUGGGAGGUGUGGUUAGUCAGGUCAAGACUGUGACUAUUGGUUGGGGCAAUAAAUUUUAUUCUGUGGAAUUCUGCUUUGAAAUCUUAUUUGAACAUGGAUACAGAUAUAAGAUGGUGUACCAUUCGGUGGGAAAUUGCAUGGUUAUCUGUUGCUGGGUACUGUGACCAAGCAGGUGCUACUGUUUCUGUAUAUGUACUGUUUCUAUAUUUUCUGAAACAAUGUGUCUAUGUACUGGUAUCAGCAGUGAGAUCUGGGUAAUAUAUGGGUUUGUUAAAAAUUUAA